GAAUUCGUCUUCUUCAGCGUGCGUACGUAGAAAUUAUUUAAUACAGAAAGGGCAGUGGGGAAAGAGCCAGAGGUGAAUUUUCUGCGAAUUUGAUCUAUGGCGUUGUCUAGGCUACGGCACCCGGUGAUCUCGCGUGCUCCGUCUCUAAUCAGAGCUCGCUUCCUUUCUCUAUCACCUGCCCAUUCAUUUCUCAAUCGUUCAAGGGGGUCGAAUACUGGUCUUGAAUUUUCGGAGACUUUGUUAAGGCCAGCAUCGAUUCCAUUAUUUAAUGGCAUUUAUGGCGAUUCUUCUAAGAUUAAGGUCAAAAUGGGUAUCCGCUCCUUUUCAUCUUCCGAGAUACCUGAGCAUACAGUGCUUCAAAUGCCAGCUUUGUCACCUACAAUGAGUCAAGGUAAUAUUGUGAAGUGGCUGAAGAAAGAGGGAGAUAAGAUUCAAGUGGGGGAUGUGCUUUGUGAAAUUGAGACGGACAAAGCCACUGUGGAAUUUGAAUCUCUUGAAGAAGGGUUUCUGGCUAAGAUUCUGGUGCCUGAAGGUUCAAAAGAUGUCCCUGUGGGACAGCCUAUAGCAGUUACAGUUGAGGAUCAAGAUGAUAUAGGUAGCAUCCCUGCAACUGUGAGUGGGACAGGAGCGGCAGAUAAAACUUCCACUGAACUAGCAACGAAACAUGAAGACAACACGCAGGGAGCGAGCUCUGUGAACAUCAACACAUCUGAUCUUCCUCCUCACAUUGUCCUUGAAAUGCCAGCACUAUCGCCUACCAUGAACCAGGGCAAUAUUGCAAAAUGGACGAAAAAAGAAGGUGAUAAGAUUGAGGUUGGUGAUGUUAUUUGUGAAAUUGAAACAGACAAAGCAACACUUGAGUUUGAAUGUCUUGAAGAAGGGUUCCUGGCAAAGAUUUUGGCUCCAGAAGGAUCAAGAGAUGUGGCUGUGGGUCAGCCCAUUGCUAUAACUGUUGAGGAUAGUAAUGACAUUGAAGCUGUAAGAACAUCUGUAAGCACUGAUGUGAGGACCAAAGAUGAAAAGCCAGCUCAACAAGUUGGAAAGAAGGAUGUCAAACCUCAUAAAACAAGUUUUAAUAGGAUUAGUCCUGCUGCCAGGAUGCUAAUUUCUGAACACGGGUUAGAUGCAUCGUCAAUAGCAUCAUCUGGUCCCCGUGGUACUUUGUUGAAAGGGGAUGUUUUGGCUGCAAUUAAGUCUGGAAAAGUAUCCAAAGUAUCUGUACCUAAGGAGAAGACUUCAUCACCUCAGGCUUCUUCCUCCCUACCAGCAGGAUCAAAAUCCACAGUACAGGAUGUUGCUUAUGAAGAUCUGCCAAACAGUCAAAUUCGCAAGGUCAUAGCAACACGCUUAUUGGAAUCAAAACAAUCAACUCCUCAUUUGUAUCUAUCAACAGAUGUUAUAUUGGAUCCUCUUCUCUUAUUCAGAAAGGAGCUUAAAGCAAAGUAUGAUGUCAAAGUCUCAGUAAAUGACAUCGUGAUCAAAGCGGUUGCUAUUGCAUUGAGAAAUGUUCCAGAAGCAAAUGCUUAUUGGGAUGCCAGCAAAGGGGAAACAGUAUUAUGCGAUUCAGUUGACAUAUCUAUUGCAGUUGCUACAGAGAAGGGAUUGAUGACUCCAAUUGUAAGGAAUGCGGACCAAAAAUCCAUAUCAUCAAUAUCCUUAGAGGUGAAAGAACUUGCUGAAAAGGCACGGGCUGGGGAGCUCAAGCCAAACGAGUUCCAAGGCGGCACUUUCAGCAUUUCGAACUUGGGGAUGUAUCCUGUUGAUAAAUUUUGUGCAAUUAUAAACCCACCUCAGGCUGGUAUUCUUGCUGUUGGCCGAGGCAAUCAAGUUGUAGAACCAGCUACCGGAGAUGAUGGGAUUGAGAAGCCAGCUGUUGUUACAAAGAUGAAUGUAACACUGUCUGCUGACCAUCGUGUCUUUGAUGGCAAAGUUGGAGGUGCUUUCGUGGCUGCACUACGAUCCAAUUUCAAUGAUAUCCGAAGGCUUCUUUUAUGAAGACGUAGAAGUUAUCUUCUCAGAAAACAUAACACCAUUGAAUGGAGAAUAUCUUAGAUCAGAAUGAUCAAGAUCUUCUCCUCGAGCUCGGGUGCUAAUUUCUUCACUUUUUUUUUGCGGGAUUUGCUUUUCAACAUAUAAGAGCCAUUUUUGGGGCAAAAUUUGUUCAAACAUUUGGCAUUAACUGCUUCUUAGUUUUUGUCAUUUCAACUGCACUACGAUCUCUUGAGAGAGUGUUUGUUACCUUGAAAACAAGUAAAUGUAAAGAAUAAUCCGAUGGGAAUUACUUGUCUCUUGUUUCUGCCAAUAAAUUUGUAUCUCCCUUGUUUCUAUC